AUGGCUGAAGAAGAUUCCAAGCACAAGAAGGUCAACUUGGCUGACCCCUCCGGUGGUGAGAGGAAAGAGGUCGACGCGACUGCUACCGCCAUCUUGAAGAAAAAGAAGAAGCCAAAUAGCUUAAUCGUCACCGACGCCUCUAACGAUGACAACUCCGUUAUCGCUCUCUCUAACAAUACCAUGGAGACCCUCCAGCUCUUCCGUGGAGACACAGUCCUUGUCAAGGGAAAGAAGCGACGGGAUACCGUUAUGAUUGUUCUUGCCGAUGAUGAUUUGGAAGAUGGUAGCGCGAGAAUCAACCGUGUGGUUCGAAACAACCUACGGGUGAGACUAGGUGAUAUCAUCACUGUUCAUCCUUGCCCGGAUAUCAAAUACGCCAAACGAAUUGCUGUUCUACCUAUUGCCGACACCAUCGAGGGUCUUACCGGAUCCCUCUUUGACGUUUACCUCAAGCCAUAUUUCCUUGAGAAUUACCGACCGGUCCGACAAGGUGACUUGUUUACCGUCCGUGGUGGUAUGAGACAAGUGGAGUUCAAGGUUGUGGAAGUCGACCCGCCAGAAUAUGGUAUCGUGGCUCAGGACACUGUCAUACACUGCGAGGGCGAGCCUCUGAACCGCGAAGACGAAGAGGGUAACCUCAACGACGUCGGAUACGAUGAUAUUGGUGGUUGCAGACAGCAGAUGGCCAAGAUCCGUGAAUUGGUUGAAUUGCCACUUCGCCACCCACAACUCUUCAAGAGCAUAGGUAUCAAGCCUCCAAGAGGCAUCUUGAUGUAUGGACCUCCCGGUACCGGUAAAACAUUGAUGGCCCGUGCUGUUGCCAAUGAAACCGGAGCUUUCUUCUUCUUGAUCAACGGUCCCGAAAUCAUGUCCAAGAUGGCCGGUGAAUCCGAGUCCAAUCUCCGAAAGGCCUUCGAAGAAGCCGAGAAGAACUCGCCAGCCAUUAUCUUCAUUGAUGAAAUCGACUCAAUUGCACCAAAGCGUGAGAAGACCAAUGGUGAAGUUGAAAGACGUGUCGUAUCUCAGCUUUUGACUCUCAUGGACGGAAUGAAAUCCCGAAGCAACGUUGUCGUCAUGGCUGCUACCAACCGACCUAACUCCAUUGACCCCGCUCUCAGACGUUUCGGUCGUUUCGAUCGUGAAGUUGAUAUCGGUAUCCCGGACCCAACUGGCCGUUUGGAGAUUCUCCAGAUUCAUACCAAGAACAUGAAGCUUGGCGAUGAUGUUGAUCUUGAGUCCAUUGCCGCCGAAACCCACGGUUAUGUUGGUUCCGAUAUUGCCUCGCUUUGCUCCGAAGCCGCUAUGCAACAAAUUCGUGAGAAGAUGGAUCUUAUUGAUCUCGAUGAAGAUACCAUCGACGCUGAAGUUUUGGACUCCCUUGGAGUCACAAUGGAGAACUUCCGAUUCGCUCUUGGAGUUAGCAACCCAUCCGCUCUUCGCGAGGUUGCUGUCGUUGAGGUUCCAAACGUCAAGUGGGACGACAUUGGUGGUUUGGACGGCGUCAAGCGCGAACUCAUCGAGUCCGUCCAAUACCCAGUCGAGCAUCCCGAGAAGUUCCUCAAGUUCGGCAUGUCCCCAUCGCGUGGUGUCUUGUUCUACGGACCUCCUGGUACCGGUAAAACAAUGUUGGCCAAGGCCGUUGCCAACGAGUGUGCCGCCAACUUCAUCUCCGUCAAGGGACCAGAAUUGCUCAGUAUGUGGUUUGGUGAAUCCGAAUCAAAUAUUCGAGAUAUCUUUGACAAGGCUCGUGCUGCCGCACCUUGUGUCGUUUUCUUGGACGAGUUGGAUUCCAUUGCCAAGUCUCGUGGUGGUAGCGUUGGAGAUGCUGGCGGUGCCAGCGACAGAGUCGUCAACAUGCUUUUGACUGAACUCGACGGAAUGGGUGUCAAGAAGAACGUUUUCGUUAUCGGAGCCACCAAUCGACCAGAACAGCUCGACGCUGCUCUUUGCAGACCUGGUCGUCUUGAUACUUUGGUCUAUGUUCCUCUUCCAGAUCUUGAAUCUCGUCUAUCUAUCCUUAAGGCACAGCUCCGAAAUACUCCUAUUGCCGACGAUAUCGAUAUGGCCUACAUCGCUAGCAAGACCCACGGAUUCUCCGGUGCCGAUCUUGGAUUCGUCACUCAACGUGCCGUCAAGCUCGCCAUCAAGGAGUCUAUUGCUGCCGAAAUCGAGCGCUCCAGGAACAGGGGUGAUGAUACUGAGAUGGAUGAGGCUGAGUACGAAGAUCCAGUUCCCCAGCUCACCAAGAAGCACUUCGAGGAAGCCAUGUCCGCUGCCCGUCGUUCCGUUUCGGAUGUUGAAAUCCGAAGAUACGAGGCUUUCGCCCAGCAGAUGAAGCAAGCUGGUGGAAUGAAUGUUUUCAGAUUCCCAUCGGCAGCUGAAGCUGGUGCCACCUCAACUGACGGUGGUGCCUUUGGAGAUGCUGGUGAGGAUACCAGUCUAUACGAAUAA